AUGUCGGAGUUGCCAGCAAGAGUACCAACAACUUCAAGAUUUCUGAAUCCAUGUGUGGUUGGUUUCAUUGUCGUUACAGUGGUGGUGAUCCUAGCAGUGAUGAUAGCUCUACUUGUCCACUUUUUAGCUUUUGAUCAAAAAUCUUACUUUUACCGUAGCAGCUUUCACAUCCUAAAUGUCAAAUAUACUGAUCAGUUAAAUUCACCAGGUACACAGGAAUAUAGGACUUUGAGUGGAAAAAUUGAAUCUAUGAUUCGUAAAACAUUCAAAGAAUCAAAUUUAAGAAACCAGUUCAUCAGAGCUCAUGUUACAAAACUCAGGUGGAUAAAAUGUGGGGCCCGUCGGGACCUAAUAACAUUGUCUGAUGAGAGAAUCAUUGGAGGCUCUAAGGCUGAGGAAGGAGACUGGCCGUGGCAAGUCAGUCUACAGCUCAGUAAAGUUCAUCACUGCGGAGGCAUCCUGAUCAGUAACACUUGGAUCCUGACAGCGGCCCAUUGCUUCAGACGCUACUCAGAUCCUAAUCUAUGGACUGUCACCUUUGGUAUUUCUACAACAUUUCCUAAACUAAGAGUGCGCGUAAGGACUAUUUUAGUCCAUAGCAAUUAUAAACCUGAAACGCAUGAAAAUGAUAUUGCACUUGUUCAACUAAGCACAGGAGUCACCUUUACCAAAAACAUCCAUAGGGUGUGUCUCCCAGCACCUACCCAGAACAUUUUACCUGGUUCUACUGCUUACGUAACAGGAUGGGGAUCUCGAAAAUAUGGUGGCAACACUGUUGUAGAUCUAGAGCAAGCAAAGGUUAAAAUAAUAAGGAAUGAUGUAUGCAACGCACCAACUAGUUAUAAUGGAGCUAUUUCAUCUGGAAUGCUAUGUGCUGGUGUUCCUAAUGGUGGAAUAGAUGCAUGCCAGGGUGACUCCGGUGGUCCACUAGUACAAGAAGACUCACGGCGGCUUUGGUUUCUUGUGGGGAUAGUAAGCUGGGGUUAUCAAUGUGGCCUUCCAGAUAAACCAGGAGUAUACACUCGAGUGACAACCUACCGUGACUGGAUUUCCCAACGAACUGGGAUCUAG